UUAAUUACUGGUCUGCAGUGAACCUAAAGUAUAAAUAGCCAGGUACUGUUGACUAAAGCACACCGUCCAAACAUCAUCAUAAGUGAACAGUUUAAUUGUUACCUGGAGCUAUGAAUACCAUUGUCGUGUUGUGCCUGUGUGUGCUGGCAGUCUCCGCCACACCUAUGUAUGGAGGCUACGGCGGUUACGGAAGAGGCAUGAUGGGAGGUUACGGCGGAUACGGCGGAUACGGAAGAGGCAUGAUGGGAGGUUACGGGGGAUAUGGUGGCUAUGGCAAUAUGGGAGGUUACGGCGGAUACGGUGGUUAUGGCGGCUACGGUGGUUACGGUGGAUACGGAAGAGGCAUGAUGGGAGGUUACGGGGGAUACGGUGGCUAUGGCAAUAUGGGUGGUUACGGCGGAUAUGGUGGAUACGGCGGUUACGGCGGCGGCAUGAUGGGAGGUUAUGGCGGUUACGGUGGAUACGGACGCGGUAUGAUGGGUGGUUAUGGCUACAAGAAGAGCUACUAUUGAACACAUUGACAACAGCAGCUGUGCCAGCAGACGGACGGACAAAAACUAUUUAUGCUUUUUCGUACUAAAUAAAUU